AUGUCCAGAGGAGGGGAGAUGGUUUAUAUCCCCGAUGACUCCGACUUCAGCUCCUUCAGGGAUCAGUGCGAGAGCCUGGAGGGCUGGCACUGCCGCUACAACAAGGCUGGCGUGACCGUGUGGAGCCAGGGCCAGGAGGAGAGCUGCACCGUGCAGAAAAUCAAGACCCGCAUCUCCUGCAAGGACGUCCCUGCAGAGACGCUCUAUGACGUGCUGCACGACACCAGCUACCGCAGCAAAUGGGACUCCAACAUGAUCGAGACCUACGACAUUGGCCGCCUCACCGUCAACGCUGAUGUGGGAUACUACUCCUGGAAGUGCCCCAGCCCCCUGAAGAACCGGGAUUUCGUCACGCUGCGCUCCUGGCUGCCCCUGGGCAAUGACUACAUGAUCAUCAACUACAGCGUCAAGCACCCGAAAUACCCACCCCGCAAGGAUUUCGUGAGGGCCGUGUCCCUGCAGACCGGGUACCUGAUCAAGGCCAACGGGGACGGUGCCUGCAUCCUCUAUUACCUCACCCAAGUGGACCCUCGAGGGUCGCUGCCGAAGUGGGUGGUGAACCGCGUGUCCCAGUUUGUGGCACCCAAGGCCAUGAAGAAGAUCUACAAGGCUGGGCUGAAGUACCCGGAGUGGAAGCGCCGGCACGACCCCGGGUACAAGCCCUGGGUGUACCCCGAGCAGAACACGCUGCCCAGCGUCAGCCUGGCCGAGUUGUCCGUGCAGCACGCGGAUUCCUUGGAGAACAUCGACGAGACCGGCCUGCCUGAGGAGCACCUGAGCACCAGCGACCACGAGGCCUGAGCUCUGAGCACAGGGAACCCCCUCAGCGCCCAGGCUUGGCACCCAGGGGGCACAGCUGGGAAUUUGGGCUGUCCCUGCUUCCCCGUAGUCACAUCUGCUCUCCAAGUCCUUCAUCGUUGACCCCUCUCCCUACCCAGGCAGUGGGAAUUGUCCCAUGGGGUCUGUGCAGUCACAGGGGCUGGGAAGAGGCAGGGUGGGCACCCUUGGUGGCCUCUGUGCCCAUGGAGAUGUCCCCAGAGGAGACAGAGCUGGCAGU